CCUUAAGCAACCCCCAAACACCACCAAUCUCCAAUUCAAUUAACCCCAUCACACAAAACGAGUUCUCAAUCAUCAAGCCCCUCCAAGUUUCAAAAUGCGUUUCUCAAUCUUCCCCACCCUCCUCGUCUCCCUCGCCUCCCUCUCCACCGCCGCCGAACUCGGCAUCGAAAAGACCCACGAGGUAGAAUGCACCCGUAAAACCGUCAAGGGCGACACCGUCCAGAUGCACUACAAAGGCACGCUCCAGUCCGAUGGCUCUGAGUUCGACUCUAGCUACAAGCGCAACUCGCCAUUGAAGUUCAAGGUGGGCUCGGGUAUGGUUAUUAAGGGAUGGGACGAGGGUCUUUUGGAUAUGUGUAUUGGUGAGAAGCGUACUUUGACUAUUCCCCCUGAGUAUGGGUAUGGGUCUCGUGGGGUUGGGCCAAUUCCUGGUGGUGCGACUCUCAUUUUUGAGACGGAGUUGGUGGGUAUUGAUGGUGUUUCGAAGGAUGAGCUGUAAAUUAAGUCCUAGGUUUAGACUUUUCUUGAAUUUUUAUCUUUGAUAUGGG